GGCAUGCUUUGCGCCUUGAACGUCAUCCCUGUGCGCUGGAAGGAAGGCGUUACUAUGGUGACGGGAGAGUUGCUCGGAGUUGUCGCGUCCCGAAGUGUAGGGGUAUAGAGCAAUGCCUCGCUCCAGUAAUAAUCUUUGGGAACUUGCUGUAGCUGAGGUACAGAGGAAGGAAAAUUCUGAAGAUGACACGGAAGCAUCUGCUGAUUCAGAGAGAUCCGUGUUCUUUAUAGGCAACAAAAAUGGGGGAAAGACAACAAUUAUUCUUCGAUGCAUUGACAGAGAUGAAGCACCUAAACCAACCCUAGCAUUAGAAUACACUUUCGGCAGGAGGGCAAAGGGACACAAUACGCCAAAAGACAUUGCUCAUUUUUGGGAAUUAGGCGGGGGACUAUCUCUAAUGGAUUUAAUAAACAUACCCAUCUCCAUUGAGAACAUAAGGACAUUUUCCAUAGUACUUGUUCUUGAUCUCUCAAAGCCCAGUGAACUGUGGCACACAAUAGAGAAGCUCUUACCGGUUACUAAGAACCAUGUAGAUACAAUUAUAGCUGAUAUUGGGAAGUCCAACUCCAAGGCAGCCAAUCAGAUUGUGAAAAAUGUCUGGAGAAGUUUUCCAAAUAACCAUCCGGACAGAGAACUGAUUAAUCCAUUUCCAUUGCCUUUACUAAUUAUCGGAAGCAAAUAUGAUCUAUUUCAGGAUUUUGAAUCUGAAAGACGCAAAGUUAUAUGCAAAACUCUUCGAUUCGUAUCGCACUUUUAUGGCGCAUCUCUUUUGUUCACAAGCAAGUCUGAAACCCAUAAAGGAGUUAUGCGUUUGUUUGUGAAUCACUUGGCCUUUGGACAAGAUAAAAGCAAACUUGUGUCGGUUGAUCACAAUAAGCCGCUGGUCAUUCCAGCAGGAACGGAUUCCUUCAGUCAGAUCGGAUCGCCCCCUGCAUCUGACAGUGACCUGAGGCAGAUUCAUGUACGCACUCCUAUGGAGUUAUGGAAGAAGAUUUUUGAAAGACAUUUUCCUCCCAUGAAAACAGAUGAUGUCAAAGAUGUAAAGGACCCAGCAAAAGAUCCACAGUAUGCAGAAAGGGAUGUCGAUGCCAUGAGGACCCAAAAAGAUCAGGAGCUUGAACAAUACAAAAGAAAUGCGGACAAGUCCUGGAAGGCAAUGUCACUUGGAUCUCAAACAUGAUAGAUAUGGACUUGUGUACUUAUAAGCUAACUUUAUUUUUUAAUCAUAAAUAUCUGUAAGAAAUGUAUGUUUCAUAUACUGUAUAUGUGUGCAAUAAAUACUUCUGUAUCAGUUA